CACUUCACGUUGUCAUGCACUACAAAUCUCGCAGAAAAUGGCUGGGACGAUGUUUGAACAAACAAGCGUUCAAUAACAAUUACCCGCUGUUGGACGCGGGCAUGGUCCUGCGCCACUCAUUAUUGAUGAGUUGAAUUGAGGAUUAUGCAAGGAAAAGAUAAAAAAAAAAAAAGAAAUGGAAACGAUCAACAUCAACUUCUUGUGAUUAUCUGGACUUAAUUACGUACGAUCGAACAAUUUCAUUUGACAGGGUAAUAAUAAAGGAAAUGUAUGAGUCCGGGUCCUAAAACAACCAUAGUCAUGUUUCACAAUUAAUUUCAUCCAUUUAAAUUCAAGCUACCUUUGGUAAUUGGACGACCAAAUCAAGAAGAUGCUCCCAUACAGAACUUAUUAAUAAAAAGGCCUGUCUAACAAGUGUCCAUAAGAUAGAGUUUAAGUGUUAAUAUUUUUUUAAAAAAAUAAUGUCAUAAGUGUAUAUUAAUUGGUGGAUUAGAUGGUAAAUUAAGUACGACAUAAGCGUAUUAGCGAGUGUCUAAUGAAUUACGAAGUACUCUUAAGAAUUUAACCAUAUUAGUUGGUGGAUUAUUGUAACCAAAACAUCAUGAGUUCAUAAUUGCCACGGGAGUAUUCCCGCUUCAGCUUUCAUUCAGCCUUUAAAAAUAAAAAAAAUAGGACAAACGUCAAAAGAAUAUUCAAUUCAUUCUUCGUUCUUUUUGAUCUCCUAUCAACGAUUAAAAUUUUUUUAAAAAUAGACAAAUGAAUAUGGCUACUAAAAUACCGGAAAAAUCCAUGAUCAUAAAAACUCUUGGAAUCCCUACAUGAUAGAGUACACCUAAAAUUCCACAAAGGUCGAUUUCAAUAGGAAAUGCAGGGGACAGCCGCAUUUUCUUGGUUAAUGUGAGAAUUUAUAUAGAUGUUCAUAUCAUUUGAUAAUGCACCAAAAUUUUGACAACAUAAUAUGCUUGUGCUUCAUCCGACUUUACUACCGGCCGUCAAGUUCAUUGAAUUUGCUGCAUUGAGAAGAGGGGCAAAUUGAUAACAAUUAUUUGGGCUGUCAACUUAGAAAAUACAUACGGGCCUCCACAUCAUUCCUCCCUUGAGCUCUCGGCAUUUUAAAUCCACUAAACAAAUGAUGGGUCUCAAAGGAUUGGGUCCAAGCCUAGCGGCAUAGGUUUCGGACCCAUACUAGCCCGGUAACGUGAAUGUGCGAUGCGGGUAUUAUUAUUUUUUACCUUCUUUAAAAAAAAAUUUUUUUUUUUUGGUUAGCAAAUUUUUAUUUUUAGGAGCGAUGGAAUGAGUUCCCCCUUUCGUAUUUUCCUUGCAAUAACUGGAGCUAUUUGUAGUUGGGCAGAACGUAGAAAGAACAAUAGAAAACGAAUUCUGGGUUCGGCUUCUUUUUGAAAUAAUGCAGUGGACUAUUUCCCCCUUUAUGUUGUGACAAUGAUACGAUGUGAUUGAAGUGAUGUUAAACACGGCACCUUGUAGGUGUUUGAUGGACAAUCAUGUGGACUCCCUGAACAAUGCCUAUGAAGAAUUUGUUGCUGCAGCUGCCAAUGUACUUGAAGCUAAGGAAAGUUCUGAGGGUCAAAAAACGGCGGCCACUGAUGCAGCAUUGGAAAAUUUUAAACAGCGAUGGGAAUUGUUUAGAGUAGCUUGUGAUCAAGCAGAGGAGUUUGUGGAGUCUGUGAAACAAAGAAUAGGUUCUGAGUGUCUCGUAGAUGAGGCCACUGGCUCGGUUGCAAGGAAGCCAGGGCAGGCUGCCACAAGUGGUCUUCCACCCAUAAGUGCAGUUCGCCUGGAGCAGAUGAGUAAAGCUGUUAGAUGGCUAGUUAUUGAACUGCAGCAUGGUGGAACUGCUGGUGGUUCUUCACAUUCCCAUUCAUCAGCUCCAUUUGAUGCAAGAUUUUCUGAAGAUGCAGCUCAAUAGGAGGCUGCUGUUAAUGGUCGGCUUGUUACCCGCAGAAAUCUGACUUUGGAGUUUGUUUCAUUUGAGGAUGGAAAAGAAGCAGUUGCCAAAGCAGCUAAUUAUCUCUUUGUAAAGCACUAUGCAAAUGGUACUAAGGAAAAGUCAGAUUUUACAGAGCCUCAAAUGGCUGAAGCUUUAGGAGCCAUUGGUUCUGGAGGAGCUGAUCCUGAUCUGCUACUAAUUUAUGGAUCCACAAGAUGCCAUCUUGGGUUUCCAGCAUGGAGACUUCGGUACACUGAAAUAGUGCCCAUCCCACCGGCAAAGGCAAAAGGCAGCAGCAGAUGGGUCGCGGCAAAAGCACGAGGGAAAUUACCGAAUAUUAAUAUUUUUCUUUUUGGGUUUUUUCUUUCUGUUGAUGGGAUUUCGCCGGAGAUGUCGUUGCUGGAGAGAUAGAGGAGCUUGAGGUUGAGGCAGCGGGUGAGAGGGCUGAUGGUGCUGUUAAGACGGUUGUUGUAGAGGUUGAGGAGGUGAAGCUGGUCAAGGGAAGAGGGGGAGUUAAUGGGGCCUCGGAGUUACCAUUAGAAAUACCCGAAAUACCCCUACUUAAGUGCUUAAUUAAAAACUUGAUUGAAAUUACAAGGUGGCGCCGCCGCGGUAUUCCUCAAUUGGAACCAAUAAGUAAGUAUAGGGAUUAAAUUGGCCCAAAAAAUUAAGUAGGGAUCAAAUUGACAGUAAAAAAAAAUUUGGGGACUAAAUUGGCCAUUUUCCCUAUACUUUAUACAGUAUCUGAUUCAUCGAACACAAUCCAUCACCAAAGUGAUCAUCAAUCCUCUGACAUGAAAACACAAUUCAUUCAAGCA